GCCAAGAUUUGUCCGCCAAGCGAGCCGUUGAUUGUUGCCCAAUGAUCGUUUGAUGGCAUUCGGAAGGGCGGAGCUUGUUUACUUUGAAUUUCGGAGUCUAAAUAAGCCGGGUGCCGAAUGCCCGCCUUAUUCUGUAGUUGUAUUUGGAGAGAAGAACAAUGCCUGAGCCAGCGAAGUCCGCGCCGAAGAAGGGUUCUAAGAAAGCCGUGACCAAGACGGCUGGUAAAGGCGGUAAGAAGCGCAGGAAGUCCAGGAAGGAGAGCUAUGCCAUCUACGUGUACAAAGUGCUGAAGCAGGUGCACCCCGAUACCGGCAUUUCCUCCAAGGCGAUGGGCAUCAUGAACUCGUUCGUCAACGACAUCUUCGAGCGCAUCGCCGGUGAGUCAUCCCGUUUGGCUCAUUACAACAAACGCUCCACAAUCACUUCCAGGGAGAUUCAGACCGCCGUGCGUCUGCUUCUUCCCGGUGAGUUGGCCAAGCACGCCGUGUCUGAGGGCACCAAGGCCGUCACCAAGUACACUAGUUCUAAGUAAGAAGUGACUUUUUUUUAUUUUUUUAUUUUUUCUUCCCCAAACCCAACGGCUCUUUUAAGAGCCACCCACGCUUUCUCAUAAAGAGCUUUUUUUUUCUGUUUCGUGUUUGUGAAAGCGAGCGCUUGGAGGAGGGGAGAAAUGUUACGUAAGGUUGUGCUGUGUUCCAGCCCGUUUUCCCGCGCAAUUUCUUAGUCUGCUUGUAGUUACUCUACCGCUUGAGUGAUGCUACAUUAUGAAUAUAAUUUGUGCGCGUGCACGCACACACACGUAAAUAUGGACCUGUGUACAUGUGUGCAAUAUAUAAACACAAUACAUCCUCUUCAACUCCUACAAAAUGCAGCAGCGCGGAUCAUGACGAACUAAUCAAAGCUCAUAUCACUCCUGUUUCAAAAGAACUGCACUGGCUACCUUAAGGUUCUAAAUGACCUAGCACCCGCUGACAUCACAAUGUCUGUUUAUGUUCCAACACGUGAUCUUAGAUCUGCACAUACUAGCCUUCUGCCAUUACCUUCCGUAAAAUUAAUUUGGAUUUUUUUUUCCCCUUUCUUCUUUUUCAUGCAUAUGUAUAUUUAUGAAUAAAAAUUGUAUGCACAUUUGUGUAUGUUUGUAUUAAUACUAAGAGCUGUUUAUUUACAUAUUCUUUUAAUGUUCUCCUUUGUGUGUUUAUGCAUUUAAAAGCUUUCCAGCUUGGAGUCAGAAGAGGCCAGUGUGUGUGAGAUGAAAGAAAAGAGCUAUGAAACUGCAUUAAAAAAAUUAUGAUAGAUAUUACUUAUAAAUGAAUAAACACAAGGCUAUAGUACAUGUCCUGCAGAUGUAUGCUGAAGUUAAAAUGAUCAAUUUUUUUUUUUUUUUUUAAUUAUUUAUGAGAUGAAUAAAAAUGAAAUGAGAGAAAGUAAAACAAGGUUAGAAGCUAGGCUUUAGGUCUGUGAUGUAGAGCCAGGCAUUAGGCUCAUGGUGCAGUAAGAGUAAGUAAAAGUAUGCCUUAAGCUAAUUAUAAUGUACCAGUGAGUACAGGUACGUUAAGAGCUAAGCUUUAGGCUGUUGCUGAUGGUAGAGUAAGCACUAGUAGUUUUACGUAGGUUUAUCAAUAAGCUACGGACUUCUAAAGUAGUCAGAGUAAUUUGAGGUAGCAGUGGAGCUCAGAUUAAUGAUGUCAUUAGUGUGAAAAAGUAGUUGGUUAGCCAGACCUUAGGCUUAUGAUGAACUUAAAGUGAGCAUAUGUAUAUUUACAUGUGGGCCUCAGGUUAAUGAUAAAGUCACAGUGGGUACAAGUUAGUUUAAAGCUAGGCAUCUGAUGAAGUUAAAGUAAACAAAAGAAGGCUUCCAGCUAAGCUUCCAGACUUCUUUUGUAGUUAGAGUGCAUAAAGUUGUUUCAGUAAAUGCUACAUUUAGAGCAAGGCCUUUGGCUCUUGAUGACAGAGUAAGGGACAGGAGGUGUAAUGGAGGCUUCGAGCUCAUAAGCAAGCAAAGGUAGGUUUAGAUGAAGGCUGUGUAUAACAUGAUGAAAUUAACAGAGAUAGUGAGCAAGGCAUUAGACAGUAAAAACAGGUUAUUGAAUAGGGCUUUGACUCCUAAUGUAGUUAGCGUGAAUGGAAGGAGGUAAGUAAAAGGGUAGCUUACAGCUAAGCCUCAAACCUUUAAAGAAGCUGAAAUAAAUAAGCCUGAGGCCUAGCUGUGAGGCUGCAUUUGCUUACUCAAACUUAAUUGUAAGACUAAUGUCUUGCUAUGUACCUCUAUCCAUUCACACUAACUACAUCACCAGAAUAAGGCCUAACUCUAAAUCUACUUGUACUUAUUCUAACUGCACUCUCAUUGUAAAGUGGAAGUGCUAAAUUUGAAGUUGGUGAAUAACAGCUUAGUAGCUAGGCCUUAGGCUUCUAGGGUGGCUGAGGUGAAUGAAAAAAGGAACAUGGCAAGGCAUCAUGCUUAUGUUGAAGGUAUGAUGAGAAAGUAGAAGUAAUUACAGAUCUAUGUCCUCAGCUUAUGAUCAAUUUAGCGUAAGCAAAACUAUGUUUAGAGACAUGUUUUGAAUUUGUAGUUUUAGAGCUAGGCCAUGCCAUAUAAUGAAAUGAGCCUGAGUGAAAGGAGGUACAUGAGGUUAGAGAAAUAAAAGCAGAUAAAGAGUUAUACUUUAAGCUCAUGAUGUACUUGGAAAACGGGAAAGUAGGCCGUUAUGGUUUGUAAUGUAGGAAGAUUAAGUAAUACUAAGUUAAGAGCUAGGCAUUGGGCUUAUGAUGAAGCAUGUAAAAUUAGGUACAGAAAAAGCCAUUAGGCUGACAAUGAAGUUAGAGUAAGCGAAAGGAGGCUUGCGACUAUGUCUCAUACCUACAAUGUAUUCAAAUAAGCAGCAGUAGGUUUAGAUUAAGGCCUGUGGCUCACACUAAAGUUAGAGUGAAUGGAAGCUUUUAGGCUUAAGAAGAAGUUCUGAUGACUUGGUAAAAAUGGGUACAGAUGUGGGCUUCAAGCCAUGGAAAGAGGAAAUGUAAGCAGGUUACUGGCCAGGCUGUAGGCUUUUUAGAGUAGGUGAAAGAAUGUUAGCAGUUAGGCCUUAGACUCCCGAUGUAGUUAGUGUGAAUGAAAAAGUCAGAGAGCAAGCCAUCAGGCUAAUGAAGAAGUUGUGAUGAUAAAGUAAAAGCAGGUGCAGAGCAUGUC